AUGCACGCAGACAGUGUGGAUUGGAUGUUGAUGGGAUUAGGGUUAAUCGGAGCCGUAGGUGAUGGCUGCAUAACUCCAACUGUAUUUUUAAUCGUCGCCUUACUACUCAACGACCUUGGUGGUUCCUCAUUCGGUGAUGAAUCCUUCAUGCAAUCCAUCUCAGAGAAAGCUAGAGCUUUGCUUUAUGUCGCUUGUGCAGCUUGGGUGAUUUGUUUCAUUGAAGCAUAUUGCUGGACAAGAACAGGGGAGAGACAAGCAUCAAAAAUGAGACAGAGGUACUUAAGAGCAGUGUUAAGACAAGAUGUGGGUUACUUUGACCUUAAUGUCUCAAGCACUUCCGAUGUUAUCACAAGUGUCUCUAGUGACAGCCUCGUGAUCCAAGACGUUCUCAGUGAAAAGUUGCCGAAUUUUUUGAUGAAUGUGACCAUGUUUCUCGCAAGCUACAUCGUGAGUUUCAUCAUGAUGUGGAGACUCACAAUCGUAGGCUUACCUUUCAUCGUCCUCCUUUUGAUCCCUGGACUGAUGUACGGAAGAGUCCUCAUCAACGUCUCCAGGAAAAUACGUGAAGAGUACAAUGAGGCUGGUUCUGUUGCCGAGCAAGCCAUCUCACUUGUGAGAACUGUUUAUGCAUUUGGAAGUGAGAAGAAGAUGAUAUCGAAAUUCUCAGCUGCGCUUCAAAUCUCGGUGGAGCUAGGGGUGAGACAAGGACUAGUUAAAGGAAUUGCACUUGGGAGCCAUGGUAUUACUUAUGCCAAUUGGGGUUUUAUGACUUGGUACGGAAGUCGGAUGGUUAUGGACCAUGGUGCUAAAGGUGGUACCAUCUUUGCAGUCAUCGUAUGCAUCACCUUGGGUGGAAUAUCACUUGGUGGAGGUUUGUUAAAUCUUAAAUAUUUCUCAGAAGCUGUUGUAGCAGGGGAAAGGAUUAUCAAAGUGAUUGAAAGAGUUCCCGAUAUUGAUUCAGAAAACACAGAAGGUCAGACUUUAGAGAAUAUUAUAGGAGAGGUGCAAUUUAACCAUGUGAAAUUUAUGUACCCGUCUAGACCAGAUACCCCAAUCUUUGAAGAUUUGUGUCUAACAAUUCCAUCUGGUAAAACUGUGGCUCUGGUGGGUGGAAGCGGAUCAGGAAAAUCUACUGUGAUAUCGCUUUUGCAAAGGUUCUAUGACCCAAUCGCUGGAGAGAUUCUUUUAGAUGGUGUUUCCAUACGUGAGCUGCAAGUUAAGUGGUUGAGGUCGCAAAUGGGUCUAGUUAGCCAAGAGCCAGCGCUAUUCGCCACAUCGAUCGAAGAAAACAUAUUAUUUGGUAAAGAGGAUGCAUCCAUGGAUGAAGUUGUGGAAGCUGCAAAAUCCUCAAAUGCUCAUGAUUUCAUUUCUCAGUUCCCUCAUGGUUACAAAACUCAGGUUGGAGAGAGAGGAGUGCAAAUGUCAGGAGGUCAGAAGCAGAGGAUUGCGAUUGCACGAGCGAUAAUCAAAUCACCAAAAAUUCUUCUUCUAGACGAAGCAACAAGCGCGUUGGACUCAGAAUCCGAAAGAGUUGUCCAAGAAGCCUUAGACAAUGCCACUCUUGGCCGCACAACUAUUGUUAUUGCUCACCGCCUCUCUACCAUCCGCAAUGCUGAUAUGAUUUAUGCAGUUCAUAAUGGUCUCAUUGUAGAAACUGGAACACACGAAGAGCUCAUGGAGAACAAAGAUGGUCAAUAUUCUUCUCUAGUCCGUUUACAACAUAUGGAGAAUGAAGAAUCAAAUGUUAACAAAACUGAAUCAAAUGGUAACAUCAGCUCAAGUAUUCCAGAGGGUCAAUCCUUAAGUUUGAGUAAAGAGUUGAGGUCUAGUUCAAUCCUCCCUGUUCAAAGUGGGGAUGACUUCGUAAAGACUUUAAGAGAUAAGAAGCUUAUGCCAUCGUUUAAGAGAUUGUUGGCGAUGAAUAGACCAGAGUGGAAACAUGCACUAUAUGGUUGCUUAAGUGCAGCCUUAUAUGGGGCCAUAUCGCCAAUUUAUUCAUAUGCUUCGGGAUCAAUGGUGUCAGUGUAUUUCCUAACGAAUCAUGGCGAGAUGAAGGAUAAAACAAGGUUCUACGUGUUGUUACUUGUUGGUCUAGCUAUCUUCUCUUUCUUUAUCAAUAUCAUUCAACAUUACAGUUUUGCUUACAUGGGGGAAUACCUAACAAAACGUAUCAGAGAAGAGAUGCUCAAAAAGAUUUUAACCUUUGAAGUCAACUGGUUCGAUGAAGAUGAGAACUCGAGUGGUGAAAUUUGCUCUAGACUUGCAAAAGAAGCUAACUUGGUGAGAUCGUUGGUUGGUGAACGGAUGUCAUUAGUGGUACAAACUAUAUCAACAGUGAUCAUAGCUUGCACACUUGGUUUUGUCAUCGCAUGGCGAUUAGCCAUAGUGAUGAUUGCGGUGCAGCCAGUGAUUAUUAUGUGCUUCUACACUCAACGUGUUCUGCUUAAGACCAUGUCGAAAAAGGCUAUUAAAGCCCAAGAUGAGAGCAGCAAACUAGCCGCAGAAGCUGUCUCCAACAUCCGAACCAUCACAGCUUUCUCGUCGCAGGAACGAAUCUUGAAAGUACUCAAAGUUGUUCAAGAAGGUCCACGUAAAGAAAGCGUCCGCCAAUCGUGGUUAGCAGGGACUGUCCUCGCAACUUCGAGAAGCCUCUUAACGUGCAGCUCGAUCCUGAAUUAUUGGUACGGUGGUAAACUCAUCAGUGAAGGGAAAAUCACGUCAAAAGCAUUCUUUGAGGUGUUUACGGUCUUUUUGAGUAUGGGUUGGGUUAUUGCCGACGCUGGAGCCAUAACGACGGAUAUAGCCAAGGGCUCGGAUGCCGUUGGAUCUGUUUUUAAUGUGUUAGAUCGAUGCACAACCAUUGAGCCGGAAAACCCUAAUGGAUUUCUUGCAGAGAAAAUAAAGGGACAGAUCGAGUUUUUCAAUGUGGACUUCGCUUACCCAACAAGACCAAAUGUAACUAUAUUCAAAGACUUCUCCAUUGAGAUAGAGGAGGGAAAGUCAACGGCAAUAGUAGGUCCGAGUGGUUCAGGUAAAUCCACAAUCAUUGGUUUGAUCGAGCGGUUUUAUGACCCGUUAAAGGGUAUUGUAAAAAUCGAUGGUCGUGAUAUAAAGUCUUAUCAUCUAAGAUCACUUCGUCAACACGUAGCUUUGGUUAGCCAAGAGCCGGCGUUAUUCUCCGGGACUAUCAGAGAGAACAUCUUGUAUGGAGGAACAGCUGACAAGAUCGACGAGUCGGAGAUCAUCGAGGCGGCGAAGGCAGCGAACGCUCACGAUUUCAUCACAUCACUAUCCAACGGUUAUGACACGUAUUGCGGGGACAGAGGAGAGCAGUUGUCUGGUGGACAAAAACAGAGGAUUGCGAUUGCUCGAGCGGUGCUGAAGAACCCUUCGGUGUUGCUCCUCGACGAAGCCACGAGUGCUUUGGACAGUCAAUCAGAGCGUGUGGUGCAAGACGCGCUCGAGCGCGUGAUGGUUGGGAGGACAAGUGUUGUGAUCGCACAUAGACUGAGCACGAUCCAGAACUGCAACGCGAUCGCGGUUUUGGACGAAGGAAAAAUAAUCGAAUGUGGGACCCAUUCGUCCUUGUUGGCAAAGGGUCCAAUGAGUGCUUAUUUCUUAUUGGUCAGUCUCCAGAACACUCUCUCUUGA